AACUCCCCAGGUCACAAAUUAUUGAUCGUUUAUAUUAUAUUCUCUAACCAACAGAAUGUCUUUCUUUGUCUUACAGCUCCCGUGAUUCUGGACCCCAACACUGCUGCCCCUUGGCUGUCUCUGUCUGAUGAUCUGACCAGUGUGAGUCAAAAAUGGCAGCAGCAACCUACGAACCUAGAACGGUUUGAGAAUUAUCAAAUUGUACUGGGCUCUGAAGGGUUCAGCUCAGGAAAGCACAGCUGGGAGGUGGAGGUGGGGGACCAUCCUCUCUGGGAUAUGGGUGUGGCCGAAGAGUCCAUCGAGAGGAAGAAAAAUCUGACUGUAUCACCAGAAUGUGGAAUCUGGGCUAUUUGGUUGAGGAACAGCAAGUACAUAGCAGGAGUAGGCGAGAUCCUCCCUCUGCAGAGGAGACCCGAGAGGAUCAAAGUGCAGCUGGACUAUGACAGUGGGGAAGUAUCUUUCUACGACUCCAAAUAUAUGACUCACAUCUACACUUACAAAGACAUCAAAUUUAAAGAGAGGAUGUACCCAUACUGUAUGGUUGGACCCAGUAGUAAUGCCACCAACCCUGAUAUAAAGAUCUGCCCAUCAGAGGUGUCUCUGACAAUGUUAUCUCAGUGAGGUGUGUGUUCCUGUGUCUUUGUGUGUGUGAAUUAUUAACUUUGAUAAUGACGGUGAUUAUGUCUUGAAGAUGAAAUCAGAUGAGCGAUGAAUCUGUUUAUCUCUGUUAGUGUGUCAAGUGAAGUAAUGUGUGUGUGAUUCCAGUUUCUCACAAUAAUGGUCAACUGGUAUAAUUUCUACUCUUUUAAAUUCUGUAUAAUAGU